GCAUGGAAGCACAGUUGCGGAUGCGAUCCACUGGCCCAGCAAGAAGUGCUGCGCCUCCUACCCAGCAACAACCUGUGACCCCACGGCCAUCAAGAUGACACCAUGCAAGGAUGCAGCAGACUUCCUCGCGCAGAAGGAGCUGCACUCAUGGUGCGACUUUAACGGCCAUUACCCA